AUGUUGCAGAGAUACGUCUGUUGGGCCCUGGUAGGGCUGCUGCUGCCCUUGACCACGGCCAUCCCCAACCGCUCGCCCUCAGGGGUUUGGUCCACGCCGUCUGUGCCUGGCCCAUCGACUGCAUCGGCACCGGCUCCUGUUGCAUCGGCUCCUGUUGCUAGCGGCAAUGGCAACAAACUGGUAUUCUGCCAUUUCAUGAUGGGCGUUGUAAAUAACCGCCAGAGCGCCAGCGACUAUGACGACGACAUGAAGCGUGCCAAAGCCGUGGGCAUCGACGCAUUUGCCCUGAACAUCGGAACCGACUCCUACGCCGACACCCAGCUGAACUACGCGUACGAGUCUGCAGCCAACAAUGCCAUGAAGGUAUUUAUUUCCUUUGACUUCAACUGGUACAAACCCGGCCAGGGCAGCGACGUGGGCAACAAAAUCAAGCAGUACGCCAAUCGACCCUCGCAGCUCAAGGUCGAGGGCAAGACAUUCGUGUCGUCGUUUGCGGGCGACGGCGUCGACGUGGGCACCAUCAAGUCUACGGCGGGCCCGGACAUCUUCUUCGCCCCGAACUUUCAUCCCGAUCAGGGCGAUUUCGGUAAUAUCGACGGCGCGCUGAACUGGAUGGCUUGGGAUAACAAUGGGGGCAACAAGGCCCCGACGCCGGGCCACAAUGUUUCUGUCUCGGAGGGGGACAAUUCUUAUACCAAUGCCCUAGCUGGGAAGGACUAUAUUGCUCCGGUCUCUCCUUGGUUCUCCACGCAUUUCGGCAAAGAGGUGUCCUACAGCAAGAACUGGGUGUUCCCAUCCGACCUGCUCUGGUACAACCGCUGGCGCAAUAUCCUGGACCUGAGCCCGCGCUUCGUGGAAAUCAUCACCUGGAACGACUACGGCGAGUCGCAUUACAUCGGGCCGCUCUCGUCGCCGCAUAGCGAUGACGGCGCCUCCAAAUGGGUGAUGGACAUGCCCCACACCGGCUGGCUAGAGAUGUCGAAGCCGUUCAUCAAAGCAUACAAGGCCGGUGCGCCGUCGGCAGACCACUAUGUCACCGAAGACAAGCUGGUAUAUUGGUACCGGCCGACACCAAAAAACGCCAAAUGCAACACGGGCGACACCACGCCCGACGGCACCGACACCAUGCAGGACGCGGUGUUUGUCGUGUCGCUGCUAAAGAGCCCCGCGACCAUCACCGUGCAGUCGGGCAGCCAGCAGCCGCAGCUCCUCAAGGCACCGGCCGGCAUCCACGCCUCCUCGGUGCCGAUGGGCAUCGGCAAGCAGACAUUCUCGGUCAAGCGCGACGACCAGACCGUGUUCUCGGGGACGAGUCUGAAGGAUAUUGUCGAUACGUGCGUCUGUGGCAUUUACAACUUCAAUGCCUAUGUCGGCACGCUGCCAGCUGAGUCGAACGUCGACCGUCUCCAGCCUGAUGGGCUGUCUAUGUUGUCGCAGGGCCUUAAGGUUCCCGCGUGCCCGACUAAUACUCUGGGGGCCGUGGGCGGCGCUACGGGAGUUGCGAGUCGUGUACCUGCGACGAACACCCCGGUUGGCACGCCGGUCAACAACCCGGCCAGCAGCCCUGUCAGCAACUUCCGUCGCCGUGUUGCGGUUUAG